CAGUUCCCCGAGCACGGACAGGAGUUUGGUGGUAGGGACCGCGAAUAGAAAUGUUGUUGUCGCCGUCCUUGGUGCACGCAGGGCUGCUCCUGCUCCUGACGGCUCCGCUCCACGGCCGAGAGAUCCGGUUCGGGGCGAAGGCUCUGCGGGUCCGGCGGGGGUUACGCGGUGGGGCUGAGCCGGAGACUGGAUGCGGCCCGCAGGACAAGGGUUUCGGCAAGGAGGUGCUUGGCAACAACACUCACAAGCGUGUCUUCAAUGACCUCAGUGGCUCAGUGUCCCUUUCCUGGAUUGGAGAUAGCACUGGAGUUAUUCUUGUGUUGACUACUUUCCAGCUUCCUCUAGUCAUCGUGAGCUUUGGGCAGUCUAAAUUAUACCGAAGUGAAGAUUAUGGGAAAACUUUCACAGAUAUUACAGACCUCAUUAACAACACUUUCAUCAGAACAGAAUUUGGAAUGGCUAUUGGGCCAGAGAAUUCAGGGAAGGUCAUACUGACUGGGGAUAGAUCUGGAUCACACCAUAGUGGAAGAAUCUUCCGAUCAUCUGAUUUUGCGAAGAAUUUUGUACUAACAGACCUUCCUUUCCAUCCUUUAACUCAAAUAAUUUAUCACCCUCAGAAUUCUGAUUUGUUAUUGACCCUCAGUACUGAGGGUAGCUUGUGGAUAUCAAAGACAUUUGGUGAGAAAUGGAAAGAAAUUCACAAAGACGUUUGCUUGGCCAAAUGGGGUUCUGGUGGAACCAUCUUCUUUACUACCUACCUGAAUGGCUCUUGUAAAAAUGAUAUCGGAUUAUUGGAGUUAAAGAAAACUAAAGACUUUGGGAAGACAUUCAAGACUAUAGGAAACAACAUUUACUCCUUUGGCCUAGGUGGUCGUUUUCUCUUUGCAUCCGUGAUGAUAGAAAAAACUAAUACAAGAAGAAUCCAUGUGUCACUAGAUGAAGGUGAAACAUGGAACAUGGCUCAACUUCCUUCAGUUGGACAAGAACAAUUUUACUCUAUUUUGGCAGCAAAUGAUGACAUGGUGUUUAUGCAUGUAGAUGAACCUGGAGAUACUGGACAUGGAACAAUUUACACCUCUGAUGAUCAAGGCAUCAUAUACUCCAAGUCCCUGGAAAGGCAUCUCUAUACUACCACUGGGGGAGAGACAGAUUUCACCAAUAUAACCUCCCUACGAGGCAGCUACAUUACCAGUGUGCUUUCAGAGGAUAAUUCCAUUCAGUCUGUGAUUACCUUUGAUGAAGGAGGGGAAUGGAUCCACUUGAGGAAACCAGAAAAUGCUAAGUGUGACUCAACAGCCAAAAAUAAAGAAAAGUGCAACCUUCACAUUCAUGCGUCCUAUAGCAUCUCCCAGAAGCUGAAUGUACCUAUGGCACCUCUGACUGAACCAAAUGCUGUUGGAAUUAUUAUUUCUCAUGGAAGUGUUGGAGAUGCUAUCUCAAUAACAAACCCAGAUGUUUACAUUUCGGAUGAUGGUGGCUACACCUGGAUACGGACACUUGAAGGUCCCCAUCACUAUGCAAUAUUGGACUCUGGAGGCAUCAUUGUGGCUGUUGAACAAAUUCAUUUUGUCAAAGAGAUUAAGUUCUCAACAGAUGAAGGACAGUGCUGGCACAGCUAUGUUUUCAGUCAGGAGCCUAUCUUUUUCACUGGUUUGGCCUCAGAACCUGGAGCAAAAUCAAUGAAUGUUAGCAUCUGGGGAUUUCAGGAGAGCUUCUUAUCUCGCCAGUGGAUCUCAUAUACCAUUGAUUUCCAAGAUCUCCUCAGCAGAGACUGUGAAGAAAAGGACUAUACAAAGUGGUUGGCUCAUUCCAGCAAUCCCAAUAAUCCCACAGAUGGAUGCAUACUGGGCUACAAGGAAGAAUAUAGACGCCUUCGCAAAUCAUCUGUCUGUAAAAAUGGCCGGGACUACAUUGUGACCAAGCAGCCAUCUGUCUGCAUUUGCACAUUAGAUGACUUUCUUUGUGAUUUUGGCUAUUUCCGCCCAGAAAAUCAGUCUGAAUGUGUGGAGCAGCCAGAGCUGAAGGGUCACGACUUGGAAUUCUGCUUGUAUGGGAAGCAAGAGCUAUUAAAGACCAGCGGAUAUCGGAAGAUUCCAGGGGACAAAUGUGUAGGUGGGAAGAAUCCCAAACGUAAAGAGACGGAUCUGAAGCAAAAGUGCACAAGCAACUACCUGAAGUUAAGCCCCUCGAACACUUCUUCUAACUCUACUCCAGUCAUCCUGGCUGUAAUUGCCUUGAUGCUCAUCACUGCUGUCGCUGGAGUAGUCAUCAUUAAGAAAUACGUCUGUGGGGGAAGAUUUCUGGUUCACCGGUAUUCUGUCCUGCAGCAACAUGCAGAAGCGAAUGGCAUUGAAGGACUUGACGUACCUGGUGCCAGUAAAAUUGGCUACCAUGAUGAUUCUGAUGAGGCAAGUGACUGUGCCCCUAAACAUGCAUCUUUCUAGGCAGUCCUGGUUAACUAAGAACCUGACAACUGUGAAUUGUUUUUCUAUAUUGUUUAACAUACGUCAGUUUAAAAAGGCAAUACAAUUUCUGAGAUAAUGGGGGCAAGAACUGUUUUAAAAGACUGGCUAGCUUUACAUUUACCACAGCCAGCUUAAGAAGAAUUCUUAAUUCAAAAUAUUAGUUUAUAAUGUUUUUUUUUCUUUCUUUUUCUGCUCAGGAUUUGUUGGAGUAGUGAUGGUCUCACUAGGAUUGCACACUUCUUAAGUUUGGCUGCUGCUAUAGAAGGGCAUGAAUGCCAACAGUCCAUUUUACUUCUGAUAUGGAUGCCUUUCCCGUAUCUGAGAAAGUCUAUAUUCCUUUUGCUUCUAUCAAAUGUCUAAAACCAACAGAGCUGCAAGAACUGCAUAAGAUUUUUAAGGGGGAGGGCAAGGUUCUCUAACUCUGAUAAAUGAAGAAGGAAAGCUGUUUAAUUUAAAUAUAAUUUUAUUUUAAUCAGAUUUCUCCAGCUUUAGAAGGAGAUCUAAUAGGACUGUGAAAUAAGGAUUUCACUAAAUAUUAGCAUUACUAGGUACAAUGUACUAUGCUGCUGGAAGAAACUCCCAAAUCCCCAAAUGGGAAACAUACUGCACUCCAACACUGAUAAAAUUGCAUUGAAGCUCUUUAGCACAACAACACUCCUAGCAAACAGAGCAAUGAGAUGCUGGGCAGAGAUUGUGGGUAACCAGCAUCACAAUGGGCUGUGUGCCAAAAUGCAUUUUAUUUUUGUUUUAUCUAAAAUGUAAUCAAAUCGGUAGAUGUGUACUGUGUAACGUAAGGAUGACUCCAAGGCUUGAAAUACGUCUGCAGCCCAACAUCCUAUGAUUCCAAGGAACUGAACUGUGAAAUUAGCAUGUGUACUGCCAUACAUUCAAAAACAAACUGCACAGCUCUGGAUGGGAAAGAGAUGUUUGUUUAAAAAAAAAUCUAAAAAAAUAAGCAGUACAGACCUGUUAGAAGUAAGAGUUAUUUAAAUUGUUUAGGUACCAAAUUAGGUACAUUGUUUAGGUACUAAAUUAAGUACAUUAUAUCAGCUUCUUGAAGAAAACCUGUUACUUGCAGCAGCACUAUGAAGGUUUCAAUAUUUUCCUUUUCACUGUUUUCUUGAAAGCAAUAGAUUGGUGCUUGCCACUUCGGCACCAUUUUACUAUUGUGGAUUUAUGAGCCUCUUUAUAUCAGUAUAGUUAAACUGUUGUAAUACCUUGUGAAAUCAUAUGUUUGGUUUUCCGAAAGUAAUAGAAAUGGACUCUUCACAAUAUUUAAUUCAAACUGUCUUGAAGUCUAGAAACUGAUUCUACUAGAAAACCAGUUGACCAAUUUAAAGCACUCCAGGCCAAUAGGCAAACUUUGAAUUUUAUGUGGGUAUUCUUCUGUUUUCCCAAUGGGGCGACUCCAUUGCUUCCCUCCUGCAGUUUCUACUCCGGGAGGUUCUUUAAUCCUCCAAAAUAUAUUUGGGGUACAUGUUGGGAUGGAAGGAGAGGAAUAUAUUUCAAUACAUUCAGCAACUGACUGAAUGUUUCAGUCAAUUGUUGAAAGACAAUUGGGUAAAUCCAACUCUAACAAUGGUGAGGUUUUUUUCCACUGAUGGUGGAGAGAAGAGCUGCAGUGUACAGACAGUAGUACAUGGUUACUGAAAUUGCAAUUUGAGGUUUUCCCUGCUUAAAUUUGGGGAAAACAUUGGGGGAGGAUUCUUUGUUUUAAAAAUAUGUUAAGACCUAUUUUAGGGAUUCCAUUACAGAUAUCAUGUGCUUGCUUCAAAAGAUUAGAAAACCAUUUCCGGGUUCAGCUGUUACAUCCAGAGUGAUAACUAAGCUGCCAAACACUGAGCAAUAUUGCCCACCUCAUUUAUAAAGCAAAUGGAAUCCUUUUAUUUGCACUCCAAAGGAAUGUUGAUAAACAUUAACCUUAGUUUUUGAUGUUUUUUAUUUGUCCUUUCAUUAAAGGAUUACACCCAUAAGAAAAUACUCUUUGUUUCAGAUAUAAUUUCGGUUUCUUUCAAAAUAAUGAAUUGUGACUGACUUUUCCUCAUUUGAGAAUUGGGCUUGGCAAGUAGAACUAUUUAAAAAAAUGGAAAAGAACCUUUUUUUUCAGGACAGUUCUACAUCUGGAUCUCAGGGUGUUUUGCAUGAUGAUGUUCACUCAUCUGUUUCCUUCCUUCAGUCUUAUCUGGAAAAGGACCAUACCAGCAAAAAAUAUCCAUUCAAGGUCUGUGCAUGAGACUUCUCUUCUUCUCUACCAAUCUGGUACUUGAGAUAUACUUCCAAAGGUUAUGUUGCUUGAGAUGCUGCUAUCACAGCAUUGGAAAUCAUAGUUGUUGGGUGGGAGAGUAUGCAAAGACUCUGGACUGACUAAAAAUGGAGGAAAUCGAGCUUAUAUUGCACUAAAUUGGGUAAUUACAAAUAACACCAAUGUUAUAUGUUACACGAUCUCAUCCCGGUCUAGCAUACACAUUCCUUUUUGCAAAUGACCCAUCGUCAGCAUUCUUUGGUGAUUAAUUGUUUAAUAUUUGUCUCAUCAUUCAUUUUCUUUUCAUUUCAUCUUCACACAGACCCUAAGAGUAAGUUUGGUCUGUUUGAGAUGCAAUUAGCUUGUCACUGGUGACUUACAUCAGACCAGUUAGGAUUUGUUAGCUGUUCCAAAGCUAGCUGGUAUUUCAAUAUAGAUCAGGCUACUAAAGUUAUAAUGCUUUCCAACUCUCCUUUGAUAGCAAUAAAAUGAGAGUGAGAAGCCUGAAAGCAAGUGCUUGUCUUGAAUUUGUCCCCCAUCCCUCUCAAUUCUUGUGCCCUUCCUUUGUACCAUUGCAUGAUAUGAUGAUGCCCAGAGUAGUAAUCUUUUUAGAUUGUUGAUCCCUAUUGAAAAAAAUAAAUGCAACAGGAAUACUCAUAAGACAAGAGAAAGGGCAGGAAGAAAUGUCUGUUCCUGGAAGACCUGUUCCACAUUAAACUCCCACAAGUUAUCUUUUGCUUAUAGUAUUGGAUAGUACACAAGCAUACCUGAUAUAUCAGUAACAUGUGUACAGUGCAAUGAUAACUCUUACAGCUCAUGGUUACCACUUCUUGAACUAAAACGUAGUCCUUUAUUUCACUCUAAAACUAUUUAAACAUACUUGUGCAGAAACCCCCUGUGUAGAAUCAGAUUGCUCCACUAAAUUGGAUGUGAUGACUGAAAUCUGGUACUGGAAAUAUAGGAGAAAACCUGUCAUAGAUCUUCUCCAGCACAACGUGUAUGUAAUAAGUGAUUACUUCCUCUUUCUAGUAUAUGUCAAAUUUCCCUGACAGGCUUAGAAAUCUUGUUACCGGAUAUUUAUCUCUCUCAGGCCAGGGACCUCUUCCUUUGCCUCAUUUCUAUUGGCCUUUUCUUCUCAAGGUAGAGUACAUUGACUGACACAGUGACAACAUUCCAAUAAACUAAAAUCUGCCCAGUAAAUCAGGGGCUUACGACUGCUACACAUCUGCGCUGCGCAGUGGUAGUCUUCCUCCCAUAGUGUUGAAUAUGUAGAUAAUGUGACAUAUUUCUCACUGUUUUGUAAGUGUUGCCCAAGCAACAUAGCAACCAUGGCAGCGUUGCCAUUGCAUGCGCUUUGAAGCAUAAUUGUCUUCCUAAUGUGCCUGCAAGGCAGACCAUUCUUGUUCCAUACCAUCUGUGGGAUGGCUACAGAAUGCUAUGUAGCCAAAAGCCAUUGUUAAUAGCACUCCUCUAUACAGAAUUUCCUAAGAUGUACAGUCUGAGGCAACAUGAAAAAGAUAACAAAAAGGAGCCAUGUAUAGAGUUUUGUAAAUAUGCCUGGCUAUAUUAUAAAUUUGUACUGGUAUUUUUCUGUAUAUUUGCAAUAUUUGGGUUAGAAUUAAUAAAUGGGCUUUUAUUUGGA